AUGAUACUUCUGCUCAUCUUUUUGGUGGGACAAUCCAGGUGCCAGGAAGUGACAACUCCGUCCAGUCUUCUUGGGCCAAAGCACUAUAACUACCAUGCGUUUGAUGCUGAACGGUACUUGAAGAGCUUAAACUUACCGCUGCCAACAAAGCAAGGACCGGUUCUUUUCCCCAACGAUGCUCCACCGGCACCAAGGACGCCACUCGUCGUCACCUCCCGACCCCUCAUCGAGUCCAUAGCAAAAAGCGAUUUGAACCCACUACCGCAAAACAAUACGGAGGCACAACCAUCGAGCAAUGGUGUAUCUUUUGUUCCAUUCUUUGGCAAGGUCAACGAAUACAGACCGUUCUUCGGCGCUGGACCAGGGAAGCCACACGUGAACCGCUUUGAGAAUCAAUCACCCUUGCCACCGAUCUACAGAGUAAUCAAUGAACACAAAGUCCAAAACAAGAAACCUUAUGACUACGACUACAAGGUAAAAGCACCAGAAUACAAUCAGCAUGACAAUGGAAUACACGAUGAAAACAAUUCAGAUUACAAUCACGCUCAAAACUACGCGUUUUCCUAUACUGUGAAAGACAAGGAUACGGGUGAUGAUUUCUCACACUCCCAGCACAGUAGGGGCGCCGCGACUAAUGGAGAGUACAGAGUGAGAUUACCGGACGGUCGGAUGCAAAUAGUUUCUUACACAGCUGACGAGAACGGGUACAAUGCUGAAGUCAGAUAUGACGAUGAAGAUAAAGCAUCAGUUAAUGCCAUCGAUAUUAACAACGACAAUUACAAUAGUAUAAAUACGAACACCGUCAAACCAACAGACUAUAUCAAUGUAAUCACGGAUUACAGAAAAACGAAUUACGAUAGCGGUAAUAAUUUUAAUAAUUACAUUAGCACGACAAGGUCUUACGAUGAUGAUGUAAUUAACUCUAAUAAAAUCGUUAAUAAUAACAAUGAUUACGGUCUAAAUGAUUACGCGAAAUUGAAAAAUCAAAACGAGUAUGUAAAUUAUGAUUCUAAAGAAUUUUACAAUGACGAUUACUCGUCAGAAUUGAACAGCAAUUAUCCGAGUUACAUUAGCAAAUUCAAGAGUUUCGCUGACGAUAAAAUAAACGAUAAUUAUCAAGUAAUCACAUCAACGAGCAAGCCGACUUUUGAUGACAUCAGGAAUUUGUUGAUUGACGAAAAGACGUAUAACACGAGACAGAGUUACAACGAUAUUGAACCUAAUUCUCAGUCUACAUUGAAAGAUAAUUCCUAUAAUCCUAGUAAUUUUAAGAAAUCAAAUUUGUAUACCAAUAUUGAUGACUCAGUCGCGAUAACGCCGCGGAAUUUCGUAGCUAACCCAUUUGUAGCUACAACGCCGAGUAGCUAUUUGGUUUCAACGAUAACUAACUUGCAAAACAGAAUCAACUCGCGUCAACCAAUACCGAUCCUAUCCGGUAGAUUCAUUGAUAAAAUCAAUAAGUAUUUAAGUUAUAAAUAG